GAGAAGAUGCAGUUCGUUUCCUCCCAGAAAGGUACGUGGUAUGGAAAAAUAAUAAGCUUUUUAGUAACCAGUGUAAAAGAUUUUGGGUCAAAUGUCUCGGAGACGCUGCGUAGUCGUGCGGAAAUGUCAAAAUAAUUCAAUAGACAAGUGAGAGACAAAAUACUGGUAGAUCAGUUGGAGAUACUUCAAUGAAGAGAAGUCUAUAGCUUACACAAAAAAAACAGUUUUGACGUUUAACAUGCAAUGUCCGAACGAAGAUCAUUCGCUAGAAAUAAAAAGGAAAAUGUUGUUCAAUCAACAAUGCGGUUUGUGUUUUGAGAGGUUUUAACACCUUUAGCAUAUAAAAUAGCCCGCUAAAUUGGGAUUAAUCACGCGGAAAAAUAAAAAAAAUAAAAGUAAGGAAAACAAAUACAGAGGAAAAAGGAUAACAUGUGUUUCAGAAAUGUUUAGCAAUAUCUCAGUAACACUAAUCGCUUUAGAAUGAGUACAGUGAUUGUGUGCACAGGCGCCACGACCACAUUCCGCGAAUUGGUGAAGGCCGUUACGCUGGAUAAAUUCAUCCGGAUACUUGAAGAGAAUGGCGUGACCAAGUUGGUGAUCCAAUAUGGAAAUGAAAAAGCUGACGAUGUUCAUAUCAGCCGCGCUUUUUUUGAAGAGUGUUUUGCACCAGUAGGUCAGCUUGAACAAGACAUAAAUGGUAUAGAGUCGUUACAAGUGGGCAAAGUCCGUGUUUGUGGGUUUGCUUUCUCACAUCUGAUUGCGUCCUAUAUUGCUGAGAGUGACGUUGUAGUGUCGCACGCAGGAACAGGUUCUAUUCUUGAUGCUCUUCGACUCGGGAAGUCGUUGGUAGUGGUGGUUAAUGAAUCCUUGAUGGAUAACCACCAAGAAGAAGUUGCGCGUGAAUUCAUGCUGCGAGGUCAUUGUUCAGUAGCUCGUCCUCAUGAAAUUGCAAGUGCCGUGGUUGACGUACUCACCCAUAAACGACAAUUCAAAAAAUUCGAGAGUUGUACGAACAAAAUCGUUGAAGGUAUCAUCUUCAAUGAAGCCAGCUUGGCAACAUGAUUUAAUUAAACACAUUUGAGAAGGAAAUAAAGGUCAAAUUGCCCUCUCGGAGUUAAUCGGAGACGAAAGCAGACUAUCUAUUGAACCUACUAUAUUCGAUCGUUUUGAGGUGUAAUGAUUGUACAUUCUUGUAUCAAGAUAUGUACCAGGCAUUAUAUAUCUCCGAGAUACUACCAGAAUUCUGAGGAGGUUACUUUCAUAGAAAUUAGGUACAUUUGUCUCUACCUAUUGGUAAAUAUACCAACACCUGCAUAUAAAUAUCUUUAUAUUAUGUUUUUUUAAAUAGAGA